GGCAAGUCGUAUGGAUGAGAGGUAACACAGAAAGCUCGAUUCUCCACUGAUUUCUGGGAAGAAUCACGGAUUCUCUUACAAAGCGGCUAUUCUCGUGCUCGAUAAAUCUCCAGGACUUCUUUGGAUUAUUUCGAUCAUAUCUUUAUCAUUCGAGAUAUUGUAGUCUUUAUAACAUGUUCGCUUCAUGAAUAUCUGAUCAGCGGAGCCUUUCAUGACAAACACGCAAGUUUUAUGAUAAUAGAAAGUCUGACGCAAGGCUCGAUAUUGAAACUUAUCCUACUGAUGGGUUCGAAACUUUACUUGACAGAUUCAUAAUUGUCACUUAUGAUCACCUUCUCUCCGACCAUGUUGCUAAUAUCGUUUGGGCUACUCAGUCUUGUCAACAAUAUCGCGCUCGCGUUAAUGGUUACACCAGAUUCACCAUGCAUGUCUUUGUGUAGUGACGGCCAAGGCUCGGACAGUAUUGAUGGAAGUGAAAUCGUCUGCCAAAACGAAAAUUUCAUAACCACUACAGCUGGCCAAAAAUUUAAGUCAUGUCUCUCUUGCUUGCAGUUGAGCACUGCAGCUGGCAAUGGCCAAAAUGAUCAGCACUGCUUUAUGUAUAAUAUUCGUUAUACUUUGGCAUCAUGCCUAUAUGGAUUUGCCAAUGCUACAGAUACGAUAGCGACACCAUGCUCUACCUCUAAAGCUUGUGGCCCAUUCCAACUAUCAAUUGAAGAUGGAAACUUCAUUACCAAAAAUGAGACAGCUUAUGGAUAUUGCUCGGCAAACUACAAUUCCAUUUUGAGUGGCGGCACUUCCGCAUGUAAAAGUUGUCUUCAAGCUGGCAAUACCGAGUCCUAUCUCUCAAAUUUCCUAAUAGCACUUCAAGCAGGAUGUCACCAACAGCCUCCCGACGGAACUAUCAUCGGUCUCAAUGCCUCCGUCUUUUCUCCAUAUACCAUAACCGAAACAUCCCCUGGAAAAAGCUACAAUACCACCGUUUCCAGCACCGCCGCCUCCAAGAAAGGUCUAUCGAAAAACACAAUCAUUGGGAUAUCCGUCGGUCUUGGUAUUCCUCUCCUCAUCGCUCUCUUCAUAAUUUACAACCUAUGGCGUAAAUCUGUUGACCUAAAACGUGGGCGCGACCGCAAUACUUCUUUGGAUGAGAGAUAUGGCGCUCUCAAUAUCACUGCGCCUAACGAAGGUGCAUUUGGAAACCCAUAUACGCGAUCUAAUACCAUCACUCUAGCUGCACCUCCACCAGCUAGAAAAUACAACAAUGCAAAUACCACACCGCCAUUUAAUCUCUCAAAGUACCCAAGCGACGAUGAAAGUUUGCAUAAGCACGACACAGUUAUUCUUCCAGCUCAUCAAGCUUACUAUAUCCCUUCGAUACCUCAUUCAAAUCCAUAUUCGAGAGCAGAAGAUACGGUGCCAAUAAUGCUUGAGGAAUCCUCCUCGCCGUAUUCGUAUCCUCAUUCGUCCAAUACACAAACUCUUACUUCUGAUCCCCCAAGAACCUUUUCACCGCCAACGCAAAACUUGGCGCGGAUGUCGGAGAUUAGUGAUUGUGAAAGCUUUUAUAAUCGGAAAAUGGCUCAAAAGGAGAGGAUGGUAAGGAAUCUAGACCGAGACAGGGAUGUGAGUAUAGAUACGGACAUAACGAUGAGUUAUGCAAGAGCCGCGAUCGAUGGGACGCAGAAUAGUGGAGUCGGUUCUUCUUCUCUUUCUCCCAGCGCACGGGAUGUUGAAACGAGGUUGGACGAUAGUGGAGAGGAGAGAACGAAAAGUCCCCUCGUAGACGGAGAUAUUGAAGAUAUGAGAGAGAGUGGCAGAGAGAAGGAAAGGCAAAGGAAGAAGAGAAGAAUGCCGAAGAGGAUUUCGGUUAUUAGCGAUCAUGAUCAGAAUCAGGAUCAAUGGCCUGGAGAAUUUUGAAGAGUCGACAAUGGAUGAGAUAUGUGAUGAUCAAAUAAUACCCGGUCUCUCAUCUCAUCUCGUCAUUUCUAUUUAUAUUUCUAUUUUCUUAAUAUAUAAUUUCCUUGGGCAUAUAUGGCAUGUAUGGGCUCGUAACUAGCUACUGGUAGCUAGGAAGAGCGGGGUAAAUAUCAGGCUGGCUUGACAUCUACUUCCUUGCUUCGGACUUGGGCUCAGGGAUGGCGAUAGGAUAGGUAUUUAGGAUACUGGAAUCCAUUUGGUAGAUCAACUAUAUAUAUAUAUAAUUAUACCAAAAUAACUCCCA